GCCAAGCCUGCGAUCCUGUGGCAGGAUAUAACAUAAAGAAGACAUGAUUUUAAAUAAGUAUGUUCAUUCAAUAGUUAUCAAAUAUUAACUGAGCACCUACCAGGAGUCAUUGAGUGUUGGGACCACAAAGGUGAACACGGCGCUCUCAGGCUAGUGAGAUAUCUAGAUAUGCGACCAAAAAAACGACAGUUAACUGUGAUAAGUAAGAAAGAAGUAUUUGCAAGGUAGAGUGGAGGUCCACAGUUGGGAGGGACCAAUUUUGCCCUGGGAAAUGGGGGUGGAGAGAGAGAGAGAGAGAGAGAAAGAGAGAGAGAGGUUAGGGUGAGGCAGGGGCAGUUUUGUAGAGGAGGAGAGUUGAAUUGGUAUCUGUACAGAGAGUGGAAUGGGAUGUAUUCAAUGGAUUUUAAGAGAAGAAAGUACUUCAAUGUAGAAAAAGGAGAGACUCAAUUAUUAAAGUAGAAUCAGGAUUGCACAUGAAUAAGUUUAGUUAAUCACUACACGUACCUUCAAACACAGCAAUGGCAUUCUUCUUGCUUAAAGGAAAGGAACUCACCGGCAAGAGAACAGCCUAUACUAUCUGAAGGUUGUGACUUUAAGUAUUCUUGUCAAACCAUGUUUCUCAUUACUUUAAUCACAGUUCUGGAUGAUCAUGAGAAAUGGUCUACCUAGCAGCAAUAAUGAAAAAACAGGCAUGAGCUCAAGAGAUAUUUAGAUUAGAUAUUCACACAUAUUCUCAACAUUUAUCAAGCAUUACAAUGAAAAGUUAUGGUCUUCACUUUAGGGAGACAUUAAAAGACAUUAAAAAGAACACUCUGACCCAAAAGGUAGAAGAGCAAGGAAUCAUAGUGACAUUAAAUAUCAGAAUUGAGAUGGUUCUUAUACGUUACCUAUUCUAUUGCUCUCAUUUGUAUGUAAACUGAUAUGUUAACAGAUAUGUAAACUGAAAUCCAGAAAAAUGAAAUCAUAUGGGAAAGUCAUCCUGUAAACCAUGGAAUCCCUGAACUCAAAUACAGGACCCCAAAGUCUUAGGUAUUAAGAGCUGAAAAGGAAUAUAUUAUAAUCUCUACCAUCUUGAGAGUUUUCAAAGCAUUGUACAUGUUAAUUCCGGGUGUUUUGAUUUAAUCUUACGCGGAAGUGUCCCACUUGUUGGAUUAGUCCCUGUCUAAGAAAAUUUUUCAGUGUCAUUAGGGAGAAAAGGCUAAGGCAUAUGAAACAGAGGGCAACAUUAGACUCUCUUAAAUGCCAAAGAAAAAUCUGCAAUUGGAAGUCAGAGAAGCGAGGGAUUCGAGUGGCCCAGAAUAGCUCAAGAAGAAAGAAUUGGGGUCCAUUCUUUAAUGAUGAAUGGAGGGAAAGCAGGGUGGCUAUUGCUGGAGAGAAAUGUUGGAAAUAACAAAAGCCAAGGAGAAACAGCAGGAGCUAGCCCAGUGUCUGGGUUGGAGAGAAACCUGGUUAAAGAGAACUGGACUUAAAGGAGGGGGUGGGACGCCUGGCUGGCUCAGUUGGUAGUGCAAGAGACUCUUUAUUUCAGGGCUGUGAGUCCCAGUGAGUAACGGACAGGUGGGGCUAGGUAGGGAGAGAUAGAUAUGGGGCUAUGUGAUCAGGCUCACAGAAGUCCCCAAAAUGUGGAGGUUUGGGAAAACCAGUGAUAAGGAAACAAAACGGACCAUCCUGCCCUAAGUGUGUGGGGUGAGUGUCUUUUUUUUAUAACAGUCACCUGUGACCAAGAAAGAAUAACGAGACCCUAAAAAGAAGUAAGCCAUUAAAAAUGUUAUCACCAGUCCUUACUCAAGCCAAGACAUCACAAGAAUGGUAAGGGCACAAGCUCCCUGGUCAGUUCUAAAUUAAAGACUGUCAGGGGAGGCCCUUGCUGGCAACCCUUUUGGAACCCCUCUCACUCUUGAGAGCUUUUUCUGUAUCUUCACUUAAUAAAACUCUAUUGCUUUACUCAUUCUCCUUUGUCCUCGAGAUUCAUUCUUCCACUCUGGGAGACAAGAACCUUGCUCUCCCGCUUCACCAGCACCACAUUGGGUGUGCAGAUUACUUAAAAGCUUAAAAAAUAAAAAUUAGAAGAAUAAAGAAGGGGACAAAAUCACCUCUUGGAAUUCUCUCCCAGUUCUGUAAUUCAGCGAUCUUUCCGGUCCUGAUUACCAUUUUGCCUUCCUUCUGGAAGGGAGGGGGAAAAAGAGGCACAUCUUUUAUCUAAAAACUAUACCCAGUCGUCUCCCAAGAAGGCUUCUUUAGGAGGAAGGUGUUGAGGUAACACAGCCAGCACUUAAUCUGCCUUAGGAUGGGAGGAAGUGCAAUGCCACCAGAGAAAUUCCAAGGGAGUUUCAGACCUCACCUGCAGGAGCUCACCUUUAUGUGACAUAUAUAAGUAACUGGAAGCCUCUUGGCUUGAGGCAGACUCCUAGGAGACCACAGGCAACAGCCUUUCCUGAACUCAGGUAAGAGAACUCCCUUUCCCUACACCAUUCACACAGUUCUGGGGAUCAGGCUGGUUCUCCCAAUCAUUUAUCCAAGUAUGUUCAGGGCCACAUCUAAAGGAGCCCUUUCCAAUAGGACAAAAUAUCCUAAGGAUAGAGAAUUGUCAUGUUUAUCUUCUCAUGCCAGUACUUGCACAAUAUUUAAGAUGGUGUUCAAUAAAUGCUAAUCAAAUUGUUGAAUUUAACCUAUAUUUACUAUACACCCCCUAUGCUCAAGGCAACAAACAACAUUCUUUUUUUUUUAAUGAAUUGAUUACUCACUAUAUUUUAGAUGUAUAAACCAUGCAUUGGUUUCUGUAAAUGUCAAAGCAAGUUUCUGGGGUAAGAAUUAUUACCACCAUUUGGGGGGGCUAAGAAAACAAAACUAAAAGAGGCCCAGGGUCACGUAGCUGUAGGGUGACUAAAGCAUUCAGGUCUACCUGUGACUUCCCCAGUUUUGAGACUGAAAGUCUUGUGUCCUGGGAUACCCCUCAGUCCUGGGCAAACUGGGACCACCUACUUUGAUGGGAACCUGUAGCCAGUAUGUCUCAGCAUGGCACUGUCAGAUUCUGUCUUUGUUUAAAAUGUUGCUAUGUUGUUCAUCAUGGAUUUUUUUCAUUAAUUCUGAUGUUGCAUUAAAUUGUUACUUAUCUUGAUUAUUGAGACUUUUGGUGCCCCCUUAAAUUUUGUGCUCGAGGUGAGUGUUUUGUUCUCCUCACCCUAAUCCCAGCCCGUUAUAAUUUAUCUUAAAACUCAGCAGUUUGGGGAUAGGAGGAGCCUAUCCCAAGAAGAAAUGAGUUCCCUUCCUGCCUUUCUUCUCCUUUUUGGGGGGGCCUGGGCAGAGCCAGGAGGUGCAGAGUCAGGAAAGAGCACCCUCCUGCAUUCCUCUCAGAUGUGCCUGACUAUAGCCUUCCUGUAGAGGGUGCUGUGGAGCUCAGACGCCUCAGGAGGGAGAAGUGUUAGGUGUAACUGGGCUAAUUGCCCAUCAGAUCUUGACUUUCCCUGGCAGUAGGACUGUUAUGAAAUCAUUGACUUUCUAUUUGCCUUUGAGCCUGAAAUAAAUCUAUUAUCCCCAAAUAACCAACCUGAUCCCAGACAAAUACCAAAGAGCUAACCUCUUCUGCCCUGGGGGGUGGCCAUAAAAUCCACAGACAAUUUUCCCCACGUGUUUUUGGUGGCUCAGCAACAGCUUCUGUGAGAUUCUGUUUCCCUGCAGGUCCCCCUCAGGCUUAAAGGGACCAGAAGAGUGAGCUACAACGGCAUUCUGGAAGGGAAGACUGUAUACGUCAAUUCGCCAAAACAAGUUUUAACAUUUUCCCUGAAAUGUAAUCCUCUGUCUACUCACUGCAAGGGCCUGCUGCUCCAGGCCUUACCUGCUGGGCAAUGACGAUGGGGCUGGGAUGGGGACAGAAUAAAGGAGUCAGGACCUGUAGCACCAACUCACACUCAGACCCUGAACAAACACCCAGAGUCUUUUCUUCCAGGAGGCUCAGCAGCUUUUCUUACUCCUUUGGUCUUCAGAUUCUGGCACAAGAUGAAAGCCUCUGGUCUUCCCAUCUGCCUUCUCUCUGCUGCAUUUAAUCUCUUCUGGACACCUUCUGCUGGGCUGAAGACACUCCAUUUGGGAAGCUGUGUGAUCAACACAAACCUUCAGGAAAUGCGAAGUGGAUUUUCUGAGAUACGAGACAGUGUGCAAGCCAAAGAUGAAAUCAUUGAUAUCAGAAUCUUGAGGAAAACUGAGUCUUUGCAAGACACAAAGCCUGCAGAUCAGUGCUGCCUGCUCCGCCAUGUACUGAGACUCUACCUGGACAAGGUAUUCAAAAACUAUCAGACUCCUGACCAGCAUAUCCUCCGGAAGACCAGCAGUCUUGCCAACUCUUUUCUUACCAUCAAGAAGGACCUCCGGCUCUGUCAUGCCCAUAUGACAUGCCUUUGUGGAGAGGAAGCAAUGGAGAAAUACAGCCAGAUUCUGAGUCACUUUGAAGAGCUUACACCUCAGGCAGCAGUGGUGAAGGCUUUGGGAGAGCUCGACAUCCUCCUGCAAUGGAUGGAGGAGAUGAAAUAGGAGGAGAGUGAUGACCUUACUGGCAGUAGUGCUGGCUGAGAGUCCCAUCCUUGGUACCGGCGGAGGCAUGACCCCAAACCACCAUCUCGCUGCUAUAUAAUUUAGUGCUGGUCACCAUGUAUAUUAUUUAUUUAUUAUUUGCUUCCUUAUUGUGGUUGUCUCCAUGCGUUCCCACUCUUAAUCUAGCCCAUGGUUUUAUAAGAUUUUGGUAAUAUCUUUUCUACUGUUGGGUGUAUUUAUUAGUUAAUGUAUUUAUUUAUUUUUGCUAUUUAACUUAUUUAUUUUUGUUUGUGAAGACAAGACUUAUUAAAAAAUUCACAGAUGAUAUUUAUAACCCGACUACAGGUUUUCAUGCAGGUUUUCAUAAAAUAAACAAACCCUCUAAAUUCUAGAGGGUUGGCUAGGGGUGUUAUUCAUUUUAUUAAAUUAAGGACACAUUUACUGACUGCCAAGACUCUGUGAGAUAUUUAAAAGUGAACUAAUGGCUAGUAAGUGUGGGUUGUGAAAGGAGUUCUGAUGUGAAAUUGCAGACUUAUCUUACAAUUAUUGACCAUCCCCACUCAACUCCCCAACCCCAUACUUGCUAUGGAAUCCUGUAUGGCCAAAAUGUAUUUCUACAAAUAAAGUUUUCUUUGCAUAA